AAUUCCAAUCUUACUUAAUAAAAAAGAUUGGGUUGUGUCUUAAAUGCUUAUAAAAUGAGAUCAGGCUUUUCAUAUCUCAAAGUGCUGUGUGUACACUGUAGCUUAAUAAUUCCGAUGAACGUUGUAAAUCAAAAUACCCUGAGAAAGUUAAACAAAAUCGAUUUUACACUUCCUUUUUUCAAACCAUAAAUGUAAGUUUAUUGCACAGCUAGUUAUACUUAACAAUUGUACUUUUUUAUCAGGUAAAACAUGGAAGAAGUCAACAAACAGCUUCAGGCUUUAGUAGUCGUCUUUAUUCUAAGCAUAAUAACAUGGAGAGAUAAAGGUUCUGUAAGUGCUGAAAGUUUGUGGGGAAGGGAGAUAAAUUUCAUGCAGAAAGACUGUGGUUACUGGCUUAUAAGACCGGAGUACUCCAUUCCUGUCCUGGAAGAGUUUAGUGCGUGUGUCAACGUAAAACGAAAGAUCGACAACUCACGCUGGACUGCAUUCAUGUACCUGAAUCCUGACAGGACGCAAGUAGAGCUAGGGCUGAAGGGUGAAGAGUCAGACCUUCAAGCAGUGAUGUUUGGAAGUGUCUGGUCCGCAACUUUAAAUGUAACUUUGGAUAACUGGCAUUCAAUUUGCAUUACCUGGUCCAUGUUUAUGUCUGAGCCAAAAGUCUAUGUCAAUGGGACCAUUGUCGCUUUAAAACUAUCGUCUAAAGGAUUGCCUGCGUCCCCCAACUGCUGUAGGUUAGCCGCCAAUGGUUCUCUGACUUUAGGUGUAGCUCACAAUUUUGUAGAGGACAAGAUGAUCAUUGAGACGGGCACUGACCUAAAAGGUAGUUUGAGUCUGUUCAGAGUGUGGGGAAGGACACGUACAGCUGAGGAGAUAUCGGCAAUGGCCUGCACUGAUGGGGAUAUAUUGCACUGGGAAGCUCGGAUCUGGAACCAAAACCAGAACUGUGAUCCAAUGCAAGACAUCAACCUGCAGUGUGAAUGGCCUUUUUAUGAAGUUCACAUAGCAUUUAGCAUCCACCGCAAAGACGGAAACGCAACAAACAAUUACGACGCUCGGGAUAUUGCACAUCACUGGCUGAGGAACGUUUUGCCAUCCCACAUAUAUGUGAAUAAAGUCUCAGUGCACCCUUUAGGAGGAUCUCUCACACACAGCCAGUCCACCCCUUCUGGAAUCAGCCAGUUUGUCUGCAUGGCUUAUCUAAAUGUGAUUCCCAAAGCUGACGUUGGAAAAAUGCAGGAUGAACUGUCACAAAUCCUAACUCCAGGUUACAUUGAUGAACAAUGGAAUCUAUUACCAACUUCAGACUCCAUCUUCAUAUACCCGCUUGAUGAUCUCACAUCAGACCCAUCAACAGUAGUCACUGGGACCUUGGCUCAUACAACUGAGAGACCAACAACCACAUCUUUCCAACCAACAUCUACAACAGAAAGUGUCACCAUUGAACAAACCACACCCACAAGCCCUAUAAUAAUAGAAACAACUGUAACAGAAAGUUCCUCAACGAUUACAGAAGCAUCUGUUUUUACCUCGACCACAACAAGACUUACCUCCACACCAUUCAUAACAACAACCAUAUCGUCUGUGACAACUAAAGACGCAUCAUCCUCAACUGCAAUGGCGUCAACAAUUUCAUACAUCACCACCGUACCGUACAUGAAUACAACUUUAGCAGAAAGUUCUUCGACAAUAACUGAAGCCACUGUUUCAUCUUCCACAUCCAGUCAAAUAUUAACCAUAUCCACAUGCUCUUCUUCCAUUUCAACUGAAGGACGAAAAUCAGACCGCUUUUUCAAUGUCAACCUCACUGUGACUAUACAUGGCUUUGGGUAUAAUCCUGAUAGCAUAAUUCAAGUCUGGCUUUAUGAAACUCUGUCUAGUGAAAACAUUGCCGUGCUGAACCUCAGACGCUAUACCACCUCAAAACAUGCACAGCCAGAAAGUGUGGAAAAACAUACAAAAUCAUCCAAAGUGGUGGAGAAGCGUCACAUAAAACAUAAACAAACAAGCCAUAGCUGCACCUUUCAAACUAAGGUAACAACUUCCCUAAACAUCAAAGAGACACAAGAGCAGAUUCAUAAGCUUUUGGACAAACCUUACACCAUAGGAGCAAUACGCUUGGAUACUCGACCCGAGGACAUUUUAAUUUCUCAUAUUGAUCCAGGGUCGUGUCCUGAACACAACCAUCACACCAGACAAGGUCUUUUCAGAUGGCCCCAAACUGAAGCAGAGAUCAGCAUCUCGCUUCCAUGCAAGGGAAACCCUCAAAAUAAGGCAGAUAGAAACUGUAAGCUAGAUGCGGCCUCUAACAAGGCUGUCUGGAGCUCUCCAGACUUGACGCAGUGUAAGGUGGUGGUCAGGAGUAUUACAGACCUGAAAGACAUUACAGUUACUACAGACAAUGCAGAAGAUAUUCUGAAUAUAAUCGAAGACGUGCUGCAUGAGAACAAAGAUUUGGACGAGAAUGAGCUCGCAACGGUGCUGCAAAAACUGUCCGAUGUGAUCAAUGUCAGUGCCAUCACCCAGCAGUUGGGAGAAGUCAUUAUUAACAUCACAUCUGACAUACUGGAGUCGGAAAGCAACCUGGUACCUUUUACCAACAGCAUUUUAAACAUCACAGAGGCGGUUGGAGACCAGAUGUUCGGUUUCACCGGCGAGUCAACCAGUUUAGUAGCUCCUGCCUUGGCAAUAUCAGUUGUCAAUAUUGACCCAGAAAUUUUUCACAACCUUACCUUCGGAGUCUCGUCCACUAACGAAGGCAGUUAUCCUGAGAUUUAUAUCAACCAGGAUCCUUUUGAUGAUACAGUAGCUUUCAUCGCUCUGCCCUCUGUAAUACAAGAAAGCUUCCCCAUCCAUAACCACACCAGCCCUCGUGUUCAAUUUCAGUUUUAUGGAGUUUCAACUCUUUUUAAGACAAAGAAUGACACAAAAAGAAAGCAGCUGAACACUUAUGUGGUCUCUGCAAGUGUAACUAAUGCUACGGGCAGCAUCCAAAACUUAAAGGAGUAUGUGGCUGUUACUCUGCACCAUUUAAAAGCCAAGACACAUGACCAGGAUGUCAUGUGUGCAUACUGGGAUUUCAAUAAAAAUGAUGGAUAUGGUGGAUGGAAUCCAAAUGGAUGUUGGACAUAUAAUGUCAGUAAAGACUACACAACCUGCCUAUGUGAUCACCUGACUCAUUUUGGAGUGCUGUUGGAUGUGUCCAGAACUCCCAUUGAUGAGAAGAAUGAGAAGAUCCUCACCCUUGUCACUUACAUGGGCUGUGGUGUGUCGUCUUGUUUUCUGGGGAUCACGGUGCUAACAUACACUCUCUUAGAGAAACUAAGAAGAGACUACCCAUCCAAAAUUCUGUUAAAUUUAUGUCUGGCUUUACUGGGACUCAACCUGAUUUUCCUGCUAAACUCCUGGAUCUCAUCCUUUGAGAUCUAUGGCCUGUGCGUUGCUGUGGCAAUGACUUUACACUAUUUUUUAUUGUCAUCCUUUACAUGGAUGGGUCUGGGAGCUGUGAACAUGUACUUUGCUUUGGUCAAAGUAUUCAAUGUGUAUGUGCCCUCAUACAUCUUGAAAUUCUGCCUUCUUGGCUGGGGUAUUCCACUGAUAAUAUGUGGAUUGGUAUUGGCUGUGAAGAGAGAUGCAUAUGGAAUGAUCACUUCCAGUGAUUCCAAAAUGACAUUGGAUGAUUCUGAUAUGUUCUGCUGGGUGCAAGAUGAUGCGGUUUUCUAUGCGUCAGUGGUGAGCUACAUCGCCUUCAUACUUCUAUGCAACAGCUCCAUCUUCUUAGUGGUUCUAAUCCAGAUAAAGAACAUGCAGGUCAAUCAACCCCCGGGAACUCGCAGUGGUCUUUUGAAAGACCUGAGAGCUGUGGCGAGCCUUACCUUUCUUUUAGGUCUCACCUGGGGUCUGUCUUUUUUAGCUUGGGGUCCGAUCAAAGUAUUUCUCCUCUACCUGUUCUCCAUUCUCAAUAGCCUUCAAGGAUUCUUUAUUUUUGUGUUCCACUGCCUCAUGAAGGAGAAUGUACGCAAGCAAUGGAGAGUACAUUUAUGCUGUGGAGUUUUCAAACUAGAAGAUUACUCCGAGUGGUCCCAAACUGCAACCGUGCUUCCCAAACCGAAACCCAUUUCACCAAAUAAGUCUCCUUUUAUUGCUUCUGUGAGAUCCAUUAAGUCUAAUUCAACCCAGAGCUCGACAGUUUCCUCAGAAUACAGUCAACGUCAAGCGUCUAUCACAGGACCCAAUCUGGAUUUUGUAUAUGACAACAUUUUGGUACUACCGAGGGCCAAGGCAGUACCUGUACUGUCUGUAAUUCAACAUGAGUCACCACCAGCAACAGGAAAUGGACAUGGUUAUUUUCAAAGACAAAGGAUGGUUUUAUAAAUUUGAUUAUGUGUAUUAACUAAAUGUAAGUUUUAAAAUGUCACCAUGUUAUUUAAGAGAAACAUAUCGGGAGGAAUCAGCGUUUCACGGUGUGUUAAUAAAUCAGUUUGAUGAAUUGUUUAAUUACAUAACAUGAUAUACUGUAAUAAUAUGCAUUUUUUGCAUUAUUAUUAUAAUACAAAUCUAGAUGAGCUG